AUGGCGGAUUCUCAGAUGGCCACUAUCCCAAAAUUCACCAUGCCAGAGACGACUGCGCCAACAAUCAUCAUUCCAGCGGCCAGCGCGCCGACUGCCACCACCCCGACCGCACCUCAUCAGAUGGCCACCGCUCCGCCAACGUCAAAUACCACGACUACCACGUCGACUGACGCCACCACUUCGCCCAACCAGCAAAUGUCACCACUCCUGAGGCUUCCUGCCGAGCUACGUAAUGCCGUCUACCGCUUCUCCUUGAUCUCGGACGACCCAAUCCAACUCAAAGUCAACACAAUCAAGACGCCUAAGGCCCUCCUCAAGACCUGCACACAGAUCCGCAACGAAGCAACGACCCUCUACUGGGCCGAGAACAUCUUCUCCAUCGACCUCGACGGAUUGAAGCAAGCGCAUCGAACGCUGAAAGGUGCAGGGUAUGCAAGAAUCCAAAGUAUUUCGCGCAUUCUUGUCUGCUUCGAUUUCUGCCGCCCAGAGUGGAAGCAGAUGGCAGACGGAGAAGUUCGGGAAGAAAUCGCUCCUGAACAGGCUGACUCGUGGAAACUCGAGGUGACAAUGGGCAAUGGUACGGAUACGGGAUCUUCAGUCUGUCUUCAAGGGCGCUGGCUCCGCCUUCUGGAUUUGGACAGUGCUUUCUCUGGAAAGGAGUCGGGAGUCCGCCUGCCGCUGCAAGUACACAGCCGACCUCUCCUUGAUAUCUUGGUGUUUCAGCAGUAUGGAGGACUUGUUGAUCGUGAAAAAGGUAGUGUCACAGGAGGUGCAAAACCGUGGGAGUUGUCGUUGCAGACCCGGGAAAUGAGCCGCGGAGAGAGCGCUAUCGGGUCCGCAGACGUCCAGGACAGGGUUGUGAGGAUAGGGAUACUAAUGCUUCAGCAGCACCACGAGCGCAUCUGGCUGAGCGCGCUCUCGGUGGACACGGCCGCAAAUCAGCAGCAGCCGCCCAUCACGCCGGACACGACGACUACCACGCAUUACACCGCAGCAAAGCUCAUCCAAGAGAGUGAGCAACAUCCCACUGCAGUGAUCGAGUCGGUGGCUCAGCAAGGCCUUUCCAUGGACGACAACAACGCAUCAUCACCACUCCUCGAGCUUCCAUCUGAAAUCCGCAACAUCAUCUACCGCUACGCUCUGCUCUCGGAAGGACCGGUCGAGCUAUGGGCAAGGGAGUUCUUUCUCACAAAGCUCUCCUCAACACAUGCUCCAGCAUCCGCCGCGACGCGACCGCGAUCUGGUGGACAGAGAACAGCUUCCUCAUACGAGGGUUGA